UGUCAUCAAAUGAUCAAUACAUUUGCCUGCCAUUUUUUCCUACAGAGAGCUUGCUAUUUUUUUCUCUCUACUUUCUCGCAUUUACUGCUUUCUAAAGUUGAAACUUCCUUGAAGUUUAGACUUCCUGUCACGUAUUUCCUUCUUCGAAUAAAAACAUCCCCAACGUUCGUAAUUUUUCCAUGAUAUACAACAAAGAAUAAUCACUGUCUAUGCUACCGAUCCCUCUCUACUUCCGUUUCCGUCAAAGACGCAAGCGCAUCAUCGCUUGAGUUUUCAGCUUCAUGACGAUGCGAUUAGUUUACUAGCAACAUCGCGAUCAAAUGGAUCGUCAAGUCACACAUAUAAAUACUUUUCAUCAUGAUGACAUUAAGCGCACAGUACAAGUGACGCGCGGUGUCUUAAAUUUAAUUGGCGUGUGGCCAUCACAUAGUACUCCAUCUGCGUUCAAGAUCAUCAAAAUAAAUCUGCUCAGGAUUUUAUGCCAAGCCCUACUAUAUGUCGUUUUCGUGUCAGGUGGGCUGAAGAUAUUUUUUAAAGAAUUGAAUAUGUAUCGUCGCCUAAAAGUGAUCGGACCUAUGUGUAACAUAUUGAUGACCAUACUCAAACACAUUGCGUUGAUUUAUCAAGGCAAACGACUUAAGGACUGCAUUAGACACAUUGAAGAAGACUGGAAGAAAGUAAAUUCAAUAAAGGAUGAUCGCAGGAUUAUGGUGGACAAUUCAAAAAUCGGUCGCAGUCUGGCGAUUCUUUGCGUGACCUUCAUGUAUGGUAGCGGAUUCUCGUAUCGUACGAUCCUACCAUUAUCACGCGGGGUCAUUGUUACACCGCAGAACGUGACAAUUAGACCGUUACCAUUCGAUGGCUAUUACCUGUUCAUCGACCCGCAGAAAACGCCGGCUUAUGAAAUCAUUUUCAUCAUACAGCUUCUCUCUGGAUUCGUGCAAUAUUCGGUAACCAGCGGUGCUUGCAGUCUUGCAGCACUCUUGGUGUUGCAUGCCUGUGGCCAAUUAAAGAUUCUUAUCACCAGAAUGGAAGAUCUUACACAGAUCGAACAAUUUCCCGAUAAAAAUACCAAUCGAAAAUUGGCAGCUAUCGUAAGGCAACAUAUCAGGAUUAAGAGCUUUUUGAAAGAAAUAGAAAAAAUUUUGCAAUAUACAUGUCUGGUAGAAGUAAUUGGAUCCACAUUUCUCUUAUGUAUUCUUGGUUAUUAUAUAAUAACGGAAUGGGGAGAUAAUGGCAUGAUGCCAAUUGUAAUCUACACUACAGUUCUUUUAACGUUUACCUUUAAUAUUUUUAUACUGUGCUUCAUCGGUCAGGUUCUUACAGAUCAGAGCAUAAAAGUGUAUAUUACUUCUUCUACUCUUGAUUGGUAUCGCAUUCCUCACAAAACUGCUCACGGUCUUAUUUUAAUAAUCGCGGUAUCUAGUAUACCUAUUAAAAUCACCGCGGGAAAAUUUAUGGAUCUAUCUCUUAACAGCUUUGGUGCUAUCAUGAGGACAUCAGUUGCAUAUCUAAAUUUGCUACGUACGACAAGUUGAAAAAUUAAUUAG